AUGGACGAACCAACGCCAAGUUUAGUUGAAUUAGAAAAGCAAACGGCUUUUGGAAAAAGAGAAUUAGAGGAAAUAUUAAAUGGUUUUUCACGGUCAUUCCGUCACGGUCUUGAUAAAGAUGAGAAUACAAUGAUCCCUUCCUUUGUUUGUCGGUUACCAACUGGUACGGAAACUGGUACAUAUCUUGCCUUAGAUUUGGGUGGGACCAAUCUACGCGUGGCAGCUGUUACUUUACUUGGUGAUGGAAAAACAGAAAUUGAACAUAAACAGUAUCCUAUACCUGAAGAGUUAAAGAACGGUGAUGCUGAAUCUUUUUUUAAUUGGAUUGCUGAUGGUACUAAAAGUUUGUUGGAUCUGCCUGGAGUUAAAGCCAAAAUCGCCGAUAAAGAGUUGUACAUGGGCGUAACAUUCAGUUUUCCGAUCAAGCAAACUAAUAUAGAUAAAGGCAAAGUGAUGAAGAUGGGCAAGUCAUUCAAUGUCUCCGGUUUGGUGGAUCAUGAUGUAAUUGAACUCUUACGAGAUGCUUUCGAUCGUCAG